AUGCCCAACCACCGCGCUCCUCCAACAGUCCACCAUCUUCGGGAAGAAGAGCCAAACCCCCUCCAACGCUGGAACGGCUCUUCUGUAAGCCCCUUCAUGCGCUGGGCGUACGCAGUCACCGAUGCCCGAGGUGCUGUCCGUCCAAACUACAACUACGACCCGGACAUGAACAACGCCAUUUACUUGAGCGAGACAAUUGACGACUUCGACCGCAACCCCUCCCUCGUCCACGAACUCGUCCUCCGCAUCGCGAACCCAGACCUUGGCCAUCCCUCCAUGGAUUGGAUCCGCGCCAACCGCUCUCUCGUAGACAUCUUGUUAUACCGCCACUACCAGCGCUACGGCGGUCUGAUGCUACCUCCGACGGCGGCAGCACUCCAAGCCAUGCAACAACACGAGGCGGCCAUCGCUGCUGCUAGAGCCGCUGGUGUGCAUCCAGACAACUAUCCUCACAUCAUGUUCCCGGCUUUUGGACCGCCGCCGCCGGGUGAGGGUGAGGUGGGCUCGCCUGGAGGAAAGGGUAAGGGGAAGAUGACGCAGGGGAAGUCGUCUGGAUCGCCUCCGGGUAAGGGUAACCCGUUUGGUAGUAUCGGAGAUAGGGGUGGGUUUGGGCGUGGAGGUCCGAGUGGUGGUGGGGUCUAUUAUUGA